GCCCCGCCUCGCCUCGCCUCGGGGAGCUGCCGGCGGGCGCCGCCCGCUCUCUCAGGCAGGGAGGCCCGGCCCGGCGGCUGAGGCGCCCCCUCCCGUACCCGAUGCAGUUGAAGAUCUGUUCAUCUUAUGGUGGGGACAAGACCUGAUCCUCCCCUGCAUCCGUCCAAGGUGAAGGGAGCCUUGCCAGAACGUGCGAGUGUGUGCUGACACACUGCUCCUGGCCGAUGGGCAGCUGCCAGGCAGCCAGCGCUUCUCUGACUCCCGGCUGUUGGAUGAUACGGAACCUCCACUGGUUUCAGCUCCACAAAUGGCAGUAUUUCUUUCCGUUGGCUGCUUUGAUUUGAUGUGUCCUUGUGAAAAAGACUGGGUCCAUCUGUUCACUAGUAGUUUCCUUUUGAAAUAUCUCUUAAGGUGCUUUGCCAGGAGAAUUCCAGCUUGGUUGCACUGGCAAGUGAUGAUUAUAAAUGAUAAUUUAUAACCGUUGUUCAGACUGAUGGUGCAUGAGUACUGGAACAUGGACUCUGUUAGCAAGUAUUAGUAACUAUGCAGCACGAGUUGAGAGACUUUCACAUUGUCUGUUUUAAGCAAAGGUUUGACGCUGAACUAGAACUGACCUUUACAGACUGGUUUUUUUUAGCUUGAGCAUAACUUCCCAUAGCUGUAGUGGCCAUAAAUAGUUUACUUUGUUUAGACAUUUCUCCUAAUCCUUCAUUUUCAUGCAGAAUUUUUCUCUUCUGAGCACAAGAUCAGUGUAGGAAUUCAGUACUUUUGUUUAUAUAAAUAAUUCUCUUUUGUUUGUUUUGGAAACUGUUUUGUGACAACUAUGAAAUUUCUCUUGGUUUUUGAUUUUGACCAUACAAUCAUAGAUGAAAAUAGUGAUACCUGGAUUGUGAAAUGUGCUCCUAAGAAUAAACUUCCUAAUGGAUUAAGAAACUCCUACCGACCAGGACACUGGACAGAAUACAUGGGCAGAGUCUUUGUCUACUUGGGAGACAAUGGCAUCAAAGAAGAUGAGAUGAAAAGAACUAUGACAACAAUUCCUUUCACUGCAGGAAUGGUAGAUCUUCUGCAUUUCAUUGGUGGGAACAAAGAGCUGUUUGACUGCAUAAUUGUUUCAGAUUCUAAUACAGUAUUUAUUGACUGGAUUUUGAAAGCUGCUGACUUCCAUAAGGUAUUUGAUGAAGUGUUUACAAACCCUGCAGCAUUCAGUAGUACUGGCUAUCUUACUGUACAGAACUUCCAUGCUCACCAUUGUGCCAAGUGCCCUAAAAACCUUUGCAAAAGGAAAGUUUUGAAAGAAUUUCUAGAUAAACAGCUGGAGCGAGGAGUAAGCUAUACACAGGUUGUAUAUAUAGGUGAUGGUGGGAAUGACCUAUGUCCAGUAAUGUUUUUGAAGAAGGAUGACAUUGCUAUGCCCAGGCAGGGCUAUACCUUGGAGAAAAAGAUUUCUCAGCUGGCCCAAGAUCUCAGUCCUGUAGAGUGUUCUGUUCUGGUUUGGUCAUCUGCUACUGAAAUUAUGUCUUAUCUGAAAGUGCUUAUAAAGGAAUAAUUCAAACGAUAAAAGGAAACUAAUAUAGUGGUAUUUUAUCAUCCUGGAAGAGAAAAACUGUACGUGUAUAAAAGCACAGAAUUGUAAAAUUGGGAUGUUAUCUGAACUUAUGUUUUUUAAACACAAUAUAAAUCUGUUUAUUUUUCAAUCUUGGCAAUAGUGGGAAAGUGAAGUUAAAAUGGCUUUCUAACAUAGUACACAUUCCAACAUAAGUGGAGACUCGGAGUUGCAAGAGCAAUUGCCAUUCUUCUUAGUCUUCCCCCUCCCCCCAGGCCUUUACCGACUACAUAACUGACCUUUUCUGUCUGCGCUUAGGGGAAGGAGUAGGAUUAGUGCACAAAAGAAUGAAGUUCUUUGUUUUCAAAAUAUUAGGUGCCAGGAGCAUGGUUCUGGAACUGUUGGCUUUUAUACUACUUUGAUCAGGAUAAAUGUUUAAUUUUGUAAAUUAUUUGCUAUGUUUGUAAUCUUGUUUGCUUUGAAAAUGCAUUUAUAUUCUCAAUAUACUAAAUAUUUUACCAGACCAAAUUACUUUUUAAUAGUUUGUAUUAUGUUGUGCUGUAAAAACAAUAAAAGUUACUGUCACUGACAAAAGUAACACA